GUGAAAACCACAACCCCUCACCAGUUUCAUCCCCAAUUGUUCAACUCCCAAUCCCUCGCGCUCGCUCUUCUCUCUGUCUUCGUCUCGCUAGAAGCCGAUCGAAGCCAUGGCUAUGAACGCAGGUCUCAGAUCCGCCUCCAGGCUCUACGCAGCCUCCGAAUCUCUCUUGUCUAAGUCAGUGAACAGGAGUUUCCACUCGACUGGGGUGAAGAGGAUGGGAGGCCAUGGUCAUGAUGAACCGUUCUAUAUGCACGCUAAGCACAUGUACAACUUGGACAGGAUGAAGUAUCAGAAAAUCAAGAUGCCUCUUGCUGUCCUGACUGCCUUCUCCAUUGGCGUGGGAGUUCCAGUAUAUGCUGUCAUUUUCCAGCAGAAGAAGACUGCUUCCGCCUGAAGCCUGGUACUGGCGCUCAUGUGUGAUUUCCGGACCAAAGUUUGGAGGUUUUUUUUUUGCUGGAUUCCUAUUAUGAACUACUCACAGUUGGGUUGAAUUAAGUUCGCUUGGUUGUGUUUUGCUUUCAUUGUUUGUUAGGAUUCUUGUUAAAUGCACUCUAUAAUAAAGAUCAACCAGUUACAGAAUCUGGGAAUAUCUUUGAGAUUGUUGUUUCAUUUUUAGAGUGAAUACUAAGCUUGAAAGUUGAAACUACGUUGUC